UUGCAAGAUGUUAAAAAUUAAACUAAAUUUUUUUCUCAAAUACCAAAACAGAUAGAGAUACAUUUGUAUUUGUAUUAUAGAAGUAUCUCAUAUUAUAUAUACAAGUUUACACAUUUAUACACUCACUUUUCCUUUUUUCUUUGAUAUAAAGGAUUGAGCCCCUCGUGUGUGAGUUGCACUAGGCCAAACCAAAGGGGUCUCAAGAAAAGUGUCAACGCCUCCCUAAAAAGAAAAGGAAAAAAGAAAAAGGAAAGAGCUUUGGUAACUAAGGAAGCUUCCCACCUUGCUUCCUUCUCUUCAUUCUCAUUUGGCUUGUCAAUUUAUAUGUGUAGUUUGAGUGAGUUUAUGACCCUACUUGUAGUACUCAAUCCAUUCUCAAACACCCAUUUUCCUUAAAAGAACCAAAGCCAAAAACCAAAUCCUUACUAUAGUGUUAACACUGUAAACCCCUCCUCCCUUCACUGUCUUCCAUUUCAGUACUCUUCACCACCAACCAACCAACCCACUACCAGUUUUUCUCACUGAUUUUUGGUUAAUGGCGUUCAAUGAUGAUAACCCAUCUUCUAUAACAACCAGAAAGAGAAAGUUUGAAGAAAAAGACAGUUGCUUUCUCAGCAAUUUUUUCUCCAUGGAAGAUCUUAACCAAGAUGUUCUUGAGAGAAUCCUUUCGUGGCUACCAACAUCCACAUUUUUUCGCCUAACUUCAGUAUGCAAAAGAUGGAAAUCAGUGGCUGAUUCGGAAAGUUUUAAGCUUGCUUGUUCAGACAUACCAUCAAGAGAUCCAUGGUUCUUCAUGGUUGAUCCUCAACUCAACAGAAUGGUUGUGUUUGACUCAGCUGAAAAGACAUGGAAAAGGCUUAAUCAACCAACUCUCCUUAAGAAAAGUCCUAACCACAACUCAAUGCCUGUUGCAGCCUCUGGUGGUUUGAUCUGUUUUCGAAAUUUGGCUGGAGAUUUCAUCUUAUGCAAUCCAGUUUCGGGUUCUUGCAGCCAAGUUCCAUUGCUCGAUUCGCCUUUACAAAACCAAAAUCUCCAUGCCAUUGUGAUGAACAACAACAAAAUCACCUUAGUGUUUGGUGAGUUACCAAAGCUGUCAUUCAAAGUCUUCAAUUCGAAUACUAAUUCGUGGGAAGAAGAGAUCGAAUUACAACAAUUCAAGGAUGAAAACUCAGUAACAGACAAUGAAGACAAUGCAGUUUACUUCCUAAGCAAAGCUGGGAAUGUAGUAGCAACCAAUAUGCAAAGAAGCCCAUGUAAGCAAUACUCAUCAGUCAUAACAACAAAUCAAAAUGGUGAAGAGAUUGUCUAUUUCCUAAGCUCAACAGGGAAAGUUGUGUCCUGCAAUCUCGACACCAAGACAUUUUUCGAGUUUCCUAGAUUGUUACCUGUGUUCUGUGAAUACUCAAUUGAUGUUGUUGAAUGUAGAGGCAAAAUGUUUGUUGUGCUUUUGUCUGAGUUCUUUGAGAGUGCCAGCUUAAGAGUCUGGUCCUACGACGAGGCUUCCCGAGCUUGGCUCCAAAUCGCGGCUAUGCCACCAGCAUUGUCACAUUGCUGGUAUGGAAAGAAGGUUGACAUAAACUGUGUUGGAGCUGGUGAUCAGAUUUUGAUAUGUUUGAACUAUGCAGAGGUUUUUAGCUAUGUUGUUUGUGAUUUGGUGAGCAAUGAUUGGAUUGAGUUGCCUAAGUGUUGUGUUGAUGGUAAAGCUGUGGAUUUCAUGUCUGCAUUUUCCUUUGAGCCAAGAAUUGAAGCUUUGGUUUGAUAAAACAUUUUAUUUGACUUGUUGAAGAUUUUAGAAUUGACAUCUUUCAUUGUCACAAUAUUUAAUUUAAUUUUAAUUUGUUAUGUAUUUUAGAUUCUUUGAAGAAAAAAAAAGAAGAUGCCAACUGAAAUUGGCUUGUAACUGAAUUUAGUAAGAGUGAUUGUUUGAUUGACAUAGUAAGACAAAGUUAUAAUCUUUGGUUGUUU